AUGGCACCCACGCAGUUGUUCUUUCUCCUACUGCAGGAGAGUGAAGAGGAACUCUAUUCCUCAUGCCGCCAGCUACGGAGGCGACAAGAGGAGCUAAACAACCAGCUCUUCCUGUACGACACACACCAGAACCUUCGAGGCGCCAACCGUGAUGCCCUAGUCAAGGAAUUCAACGUUAACGAGAAUCAGCUCCAGCUUUAUCAGGAGAAGUGCAACCGGAGGUUGAGAGAGAAGAGAGUUAGCAACAGCAAGUUCUACUCCUAGAAGAGUGCGUUUGUAAAGGUGGUGUGUGUAUGUGUGAGUGUGUGUGCCCCUAGUGUGGGAGAGUGCUGUGGUCGGCCCCCAAGAGACUCAUCGGUGACACCGCGGUCCUCUCUUGGAGCUCUUGUGGAGAUGACAUUUCUGAAGAUGCCCCUGUGGGCAGGAGGAGCAGGGACGACUUCCUGAUGUGUUUUUUUCCCCCUCGGACAACUUUAACUUAUAUUCCUUAUAGAGGAUCCCGUGUUUGGCUUGUCAUGUGCUCAGCCUCAUUGAAUAAAGACACCCGUGUCAAUCCA